AUGAAGGCAUCAAAUGUUAUCCUCGGGUUCUUCUCCUCCCUCGUCAUUGCCGCUCCAACUACAUCCGCGGGCUCCAAUCUUGUUGAAAGACUCUCCAUUCUUGCCCCGGUCUGUCAAGGAACUCCAGUAUGCUGCUCGGCUGAUGUCAUCAGCGGCGUGGUGUCUUCAAAAUGCGUAGCUCCUGUCACGCCUCCAAUCACCACACUCGGAUUUCAAGCUGCCUGCCUGCUCGAUGGGAAUCGCAUUGCCCGAUGCUGCUCUCUCAGCGUUGCCGGUUUGGCACUCCUCUGCAAGGCGCCUGGCACUUAA